AUACAUAUAUUACAUUAAUUUAUUAGCCAAUAGUGUUAGGAAUGCGAAUAACAUCACGCUAUGUGCGAUAAGGGGGUGAAUAUAGGGCGCCGGGUCAAUGGAGCUGGCACAUUCGUAAACAUGCACGCAUUUGUGAUCUUUGGAGUUUUCGCUUUGGCUCAGCAAGCCUACUCAUCAUGCUUAUCAGGGCUGCUGCCGCCGCCGCCUCCUGCAGCGCCCUUGCUACUCCCAGCGCCACCUGCACCCUGCACUUCUCCACUUGCACCCUUAACUCCAGCGCUGGUCAACUCUUUGUCUGCGUCCCUCGGAGCCACUCUACCACCUUUACUGCAGUCCGCUUUACCUCCAGUUUUAACGUCCGCUUUAGCAGCUGCCGCGCCAUUGUUGGCGCCGUGUGAAUUACCUUUGCCGCCAUCUUGUUUACCCGCUCCCGCGCCUGCGCCGUUGAUCCUUCCCGGCACACCUUUAGCAUUACCCCCAGCUCCGUGUGCCCCUGCGCCGUGUGCCCCCGCGCCGUGUGCCCCUGCGCCUUGUGCCCCCGCGCCGUGUGCCCUUCCACCGUUAGCCUUACCCUAUGCCUCCGCCCCGUUAGCCUUACCCCCAGCGUGUGCCCCCGCGCCGUGUGCCCCAGCGCCGUGUGCCCUUCCACCGUUACCCUUACCCCCAGCGUGUGCGCCCGCUCCGCUUAUGCUCCCCGCUACUCCCCUCCCGUACGCGUUACCCCCGCCCGCGCCCCUAUCUUGCGCCGCGCCUACCUGCAUUCCCGCUACUAUCUGUUUCUAA